AACUGGUUGUGGGGGAAUGAAUGAGCGCCGCCUUGCGCAUUUUAGAAAGGAUAACUAAUUGUGUUCUGUGUAUGUCUUGUGAGGUUAACUAUGGUUCUGCGGGUGUGGAUGUGUCCAUGUAGUCUUGCACCAAUCAUGCUUUGGGUUUCAGAAAAUUUAAUGCUGUUUGAACUGAGACCUGUUUAGUUAUUGAAAGAUAGUAUAAAUUCUUGCAUGUAGUUUACCUAAACAAGCUAAUCUAUGUUGCUUUAUUUUUUCAUUUACAAGUGAUCUCUUGUAGUUCCAUAUCUUUAGAAGCAUUUUUUAAUCACAUACAUUCUUAUUUGGUUAUUAUUGAUUGGAAAUUAUUGUAGAUGUAUGCUAAUGUUUGAGAAACAUUUUUUGUUGUGUUGUUAGUAAACAGUGAAGAAUCGAUUGUAUUUUGAUAGUUUUUCAAUCAUGUUAUUUUAAGUACGGCAUAUUUUGUGAACUCUUAAUCUGUAACAGUAAUAAUAGUAAUAAAGAAGUAGCCCAAAAUGGCCCCAGGUCCAGAGGAAAGAACAAAACAACUGGAAAAACUUUUUCUCGAAGGAUGUUUUAUUGCAAAUGGGACUAGUUAUAGCAUAGAAAUAUUAUUGGAUGUCCUGUUAGUGCUGUACGAUGAAUGCUGUAGUUCAUCACUGAGACGAGAAAAAACAUUUUCACAGUUUGUUGAACAUGUGAAACCCUUGGUACAAAGAAUUAAAAGUUCCCGGCUCCUCAAGGAAGACUUUGAAGUUCUGAAAGUCAUUGGUCGGGGAGCUUUUGGUGAGGUUAGUGUUGUAAAACAAAAAGACACUAAGAAGGUAUAUGCAAUGAAAACAUUGAACAAGUGGGAAAUGUUGAAAAGAGCUGAGACUGCUUGUUUCCAAGAAGAAAGAGAUGUUCUGAUUAAUGGAGAUAAAAGAUGGAUAACUAAUCUUCAUUAUGCUUUCCAAGAUGAGAGCAAUCUGUAUUUAGUGAUGGACUACUACUCUGGUGGUGACCUACUGACUUUGCUAAGUAAAUAUGAAGAUCGACUGCCUGAAGAAAUGACUAAAUUCUACAUGGGUGAAAUGAUUCUGGCUAUUGAUGCUAUUCAUAAACAGAAAUAUGUACAUCGAGAUAUCAAACCAGACAACAUACUUUUGGGUACUGAUGGACACAUCAGGCUUGCAGACUUUGGUUCUUGUUUAAGACUUCUUGAUGAUGGAACUGUUCAGUCCAAUGUAGCAGUAGGGACUCCAGAUUAUAUUUCCCCUGAAAUACUUAGGGCAAUGGAAGAUGGGCAAGGAAAAUAUGGACCUGAAUGUGAUUGGUGGUCUUUAGGGGUCUGCAUGUUUGAAAUGCUGUAUGGGGAAACUCCCUUUUAUGCAGAAUCUUUGGUUGAGACUUAUGGAAAGAUCAUGAGUCAUAAGACAUGCUUUGCUAUCCCAGAUGACCCAACUGUCACAGUGUCAGAUGAUGCAAAAGACCUGAUGAAGAAGUUAAUUUGUAGUGCUGACUGUCGACUUGGUCAGAAUGGGAUAGAAGAUUUUAAACAGCAUCCCUGGUUUCAAGGCAUUGACUGGGAUAACAUACGAGAUGGCCCAGCCCCAUAUGUUCCAGAUGUUAGUAGUCCUACUGAUACAUCUAACUUUGAUGACCUUGAUGAACUUGACCAGCGUUCAAACGAUUCAGCACCACCUACAGGGAAUAGUGUAUUUUCUGGUCUUCAUCUACCCUUUGUAGGGUUUACUUUCACUUGUGGCAGUAAAUUAUCUGGUGUGGGCUAUUUGAUGAAUGGUGAUGAUGUGAGAAAUUCAUCAUCUGUUGAACCUCACAACACUGUACAAGAUCUUCGUCUGGAGAAAGCAAAACUUUCUAAGGAAAUAAAAGAAUUGACAUUAGAGCUACAGAGAAACAAACACAGUUCAUCGAGGUUCAAGAAAGAACUGGAAGUACUUGGACAAGAGGAUUUCUUAGAUGGAGAAAUGUCAAGUUACAUGAAGGAACUAGAAAAAAAUAUGCACCAGAUUAAAAUCGAAAAUGAGGAUCUGCAAAAGGAGCUUACGGAAACAAAAGAAAAGUUAAAGCAGCAGGCGAAAGAGCUGAAAGAUACUAUAACUCAGAGAAAAUCUGCUCUGUCUGAUUUCACAGAUGUUAGUGACAAGCUAUCUGAACUUCGAGCUCAGAAACAGAAAUUGUCACGUCAGGUUAGAGAGAAGGAGGAGGAGUUAGAUAGCACCAAGCAGAAAAUUGACAGUUUAAGACAAGACCUAAGGAAAGCUGAGAAAUUGAGGAGAGAGCUUGAAUCUCAGAUUGAUGAUGGAAAAACAGAAACAAACAAAGAGCGAAGAAUGAGAGAGCGAACUGAAGAACAUUUAAAGGAAAUUCAAGCAGAAGUAGAGUCACUGAAAAAGAAACAGACAGGACGACUUGUUACCACAGUGAACAAUGAAACCACACAAGAAAUUAGCAGGUUGAAAGCAGAGUUACAAACAAUGAAGCAACAACAUGAAGAAGUACUGAGUCAGAAGCAGGCAAGGUUUAAGGCUGAUAUAAGUAAUAUGAAGGAUUUAUUGCAAGAAACUGAGACCACAAAUAUAUCUUUACAAAAAGAGAUUCUAACACUGAAAGAGAAAAUAGAGCAGGCCAGAUCAGAAAGUGCUGUAGAAAUCCAGGAGAUAAUAAAUGACAUGAAACAAUCUUUUGAACAUGAAAAGUUAAUUCUUCAGGAAGAGAAUAAGAAGCUAACACAAGAAAGAGAGAUAUUAACAAAAACUAUAAGAAAAGAACAAGAAUCAAAGAAAAAUCUAGAAGCUGAAUUUGCUGAAUUAAAGGAAAAGAAAGAUGCAAUAGCCCAGUGGGAAGCUCAGAUUAAUGAGAUUGUCCAAUGGGUGAAAGAUGAGAAGGAUGCCAGGGGCUACUUACAAACAUUGGCUAACAAAAUGAGUGAAGAACUAGAAUACCUGAAAACCACAGGUGUUCCUCCAACUCCAACAGGCACUGUUGAAAAGAACUGGAAAAACCGCAGGUCACAGAAAAUGGAAAAAAUGGAGAUCUUGAACCUACAAUCUAAUCUCCACAGUGAGAUCCAAGCCAAGCAAGCAAUUAGCCAAGAGCUGAGCCGUGUCCGAGGAGACUACAUGGCACAACAAAAGGAGUUAGAAGAAAGUCGACAGAAGGAAGAAAUAUACAGGCUGGAAAUGCAGAAGAAGGAUGUUCGUAUAAAAGAACUAGAAAUGAAGCUAGAUAGACUUGAUCUAGGAGAUGGAUUCUUGGAUCGUCCAUCAUCCCAAAUGUCCUUCCUGGAUCAAUUUCUGAAGGAUACCUCCUUACGGUUUGGCUGUUCUGACAGUGGCGAGUAUGCUGAAGUAGGAGAAGAAACUGAUAAUGAAUUCCACAUGCCAACUUCAUUCUCUGGAAGCAAGUCUACCGCAUCUGAAACAAGCAUGGAUCAGCUGUCUGUUAGUCUGUCUCCUGUAGUUGAUUCCAGACCAACCAUUAGUUCUUUAACUCCUCAGCCUAAAGCUCACCAGUUUAUGUUUAGAAACUUAGGAACUCCUCUCAAGUGUUAUCAGUGUACAUCCUUAUUGGUAGGCUUGUAUCAUCAAGGAGUGGUUUGUGAAGUGUGUGGAUUUGUGUGUCAUGUUACUUGUCAGCAUACUGUGCCUGCUGUCUGCCCAGUUCCAGCCAAUCAGAUCAGGCGACCUGCUGGUAUUGAUUUGACAAAAGGUGUAGGAACUGCAUGUGAUGGUUUUGUGAAGGUUCCCAAGCCUUUAGGUGUGAAAAAAGGCUGGAUUCGACAGUUUCUGGUUGUGUGUGACUUCAAGCUGUUUUUGUAUGACCUAGUGCAAGAUAAAAACCCAGGAGUGUCUGUGUCACAAGUGUUAGACAUGAGAGAUGAAGAAUUUAUGGUCUCCAGUGUGUUAGAAGCAGAUGUUAUUCAUGCAAACAAGAAAGAUGUUCCUUGUAUAUUUAAGGUGACCACCUCUCUUCUGGACUAUCCAAGCACCAAGAACCAUACACUAAUAAUGGUAGAAAAAGAGGCUGACAAAAGAAAAUGGGUUGAUCUCUUGAGUGAAUUGCACCGUGUUCUUCGCAGAAACAACCUUCCCUGUCAGAAAGUUUAUGAAGUAAAAGAGCUUUUUGACAGUACAGUGGCAGUCACCAAAAAUAUCCUAUCAUUAGCUGUAAUUGAUCAAGAUCGUAUUGUGUUGGGAACAGAAGAAGGUUUGUACUGCAUGGACUUGGACAGAGAUGAAAUGGCAAAGAUUGGUGAUGGGAAGAAGGUAUCUCAGAUAGAAUACAUUGAGAAUGAGCAGUUAUUAAUAGUCAUCACAGCCAAGCAACGACAACUGCGACUAAUCCCUGUGGGAGCUCUUGAUGGUCAUGAAGUUGAAUGGAUUAAAGUGCCUGACACUAAAGGAUGUGUGACUUUCUGUGUAUCCAGUCUAGAAGGAGUAGAUGGAGCUACUGGACUACACUAUUAUUUUACUGUAGCUGUAAAGAGACAGCUGACUAUUUAUGAGAUAACUCGUAUGAAGGUUCGCCAUCAGAAGUAUAAAGAAAUUCAACUCCCUGGUCAACCACAGUGCUUGGAUGUGUUUGGUGAAAAAAUCUGUGUGGGUGUUUCAUGUAAUUUCUACCUGUAUUCACUGGAAGAUGACAGUGGCCCAACAUGUAUGAUUCCACUGGACAGUAUAGAGUUUGCCUUUCUUCGUCACAGUCCUAUGGAUGCCUUGUUGUCAGUAGAACUUCCAAGCAAUGAGUACCUUCUAGUCUUUAGCCAACUUGGAGUUUAUGUUAACAAAGAUGGAGAAAAAUCCAGAGAAAAAGAACUCAUGUUUACUGCAAGCCCCACAGCAGUCAGUUUCCGUGGUCAGUACCUGUCGAUGUAUAGUGAAACCCAUGUGGAUAUUUUUGAUGUUACCUUGGGCAACUGGAUACAAACUGUUAAUAUCCCAAAGAGUAAGCCUUUAAGCAGGACAGGAGAAGUGGUUAGCAUGUGUACAUCUGAUCUUCCUCAAGUUCUUUACUUCCACAAUAUUCAAGAUGAAGAGAACUUAAUACAUGUACCUGAUCCUAGUGUCCAGGGUCAGCAGACAGGGUCAGGGAAAAUUAGCAUGACAAGAAUGAGAAGAAAAUUUUCUGCACGAGACCCAAAUCGCAUAGUGGAUAGAAAGUCCAGAAUUAUUUCUGGUCCUACCAACUUCAAUCAUGUAUCUCACAUGGGACCUGGAGAAUUUCACAACCUGAGUGCUUUACCAACUGCACAAGAAAGUAUCCAUAAAGUGAAGCAUAUAUUUCACCAAGGGAAGUCAACCCCCCUGCGUAGUCAGUCACGUGACAGUUUACCUCAGAGACCUAUUAGUGUUGCCUCAACAGUACAGAAUGGAAAUCACCAUGCUGCUCAAACCCCACGUCCUGUGUCAACUAUGAUAUCAGUGUCCCCUGAUGAUUGUCACGUGUCUGAGGAACAGACUUUUCCAAACAGCUUAAUUAAUGAGAUACUGGGUGAUUCAUCUUCUAGUCCUCAUCUUUCCCGUGGCUCUAAUUUCAAUUCUUCCUCAAGUCCUGGAGAUCAGCAGUGGAUCCUAGAUGACAGAGACUUUCUGCACUCAAGCUAUGAGUCUCAGAGCUAAAGCCUGUGUUCUAAAUUCCUGUUUUAGCCUUAAAGAACAUAGGAUCUCUUAAUUGUUGGGUUACCACUUCACAAGAUUUCAUGCAGUACACAUUAAAAAGUGGCAUUUAACUCUUUGAUCAGUGUUAAUCGAAGAAACUUUGACCUGAAUCAUGUCUUCAAUUUUUCAUAACUCAGUUUUUUUUUACUCUUUCUUCCUAGUGGUUAGAUAGAUUGACCAUGUUUACCAUUGUGAACACAAUAACUAUGACAGUAAAAGAAAUGUAAUUUGGGUGCUGGAGGACGGUUGAUUGCCUCUAUAUCUAAGAAACUGUUUACAACAUUUUAUGCAAGAAUGUCUUCUUUUUUUUUAGCCUCUCUUUUUACUGUUAUCAGUUAGAUGUGUUCCAAAGGUGGAAAAAGAUGUCAAGAUAAUUUUCUAGGUCAAAAAAUUCGUUUUCGUGAACCUCUGAAGAAAGAAUGUUGCUUUUAAAAUAAAAGCACAAAACAAAACUUACCCUUCUGAAAGGGUGGUUUUUCUUACUGGGAAAAAAAAAAGACUGUGACCUUCAUGUGCGUUAGAUUGUCCUAACUGUGAAAUGUAUUAUUUUAGGAGAUUUAGGAUAAUAUUGCAUGGGAAAAACCUCAGCCUUAAAAACAAUGUUUAACUGAAGUAGAUCAGUCAAAUUUACAUAAUCUAGUGGUCCAGUUUUAAAGCUUUAUAUGUGUUUGUGUGGUGUAGUAUUUUCAGAGCUACUUUAAAAGACUUAGGUAGUUAAUGGAUUAGUGAGAAAUGUAGAACAGGUAGUGGUAAGAUUUAAUGACCUAUUUAUCUAACUUGGUAACAUGCUUAGCUAUGGAGAUUUAACAUAGGUAUGUCAUGGUACCUAAUCUUACCAAAAUUAUUAUAUAUCAAUGUGCUCUCCAUAAAGCAUGUUUUGAGUUAAAAUCACUACAAAUUAGUUUGAAACAUUUAUACUAGAUUGUAUUACAAGUGCACCACAUCCAGGAACCAUACCACUAGAUAUGUUUACAAGCCUUAACUCUCCAUCUUUUUGGAGUGAUUAAAGUUAACUGGUAGAAAAGUUAUUCCUUUAGUUUACAAUUUAAUUAAAACAUUAGCUCUAGGCUAUCAUAUUAAAACUUUAUAUCAACUUUCAUCUCUUGAAGAAGAUCGUUUUUGCGGUACAAUCACGCCACACCACAAGAAUCAGUCCUAGUUCUGUAUUUGUACUUAACGCUACUGACAGAAAAUGGUUUUGUUUUAAAAAGUACUAUUGAAGCAAAUCACCUCUGAACUAUGUUUGCAAUAAACAUGUGUACUAAGAUGAUUUAUGCCUUAGAACAUAAGUACCUUAAGACAAACUGACACUGUUCAGAAUCAGUAUCUUUGCAACAGGCUGUUGAUGAUGAAUAGUAGGUUACAAAAGCUAGUUAUGUUGAGAGUUUUAGAUUUUAAGUAAUGCCAGUUAAAAUAUCUAUUAAUUUGGUGUAUUUAAUUCAAACAGAAUUUUCUUUGAAAGAUUUUGAAGAUGGUUUGUUAAAUUUUAAUUCUUGGGCAUUAACCACUUCUUAGCUAGUUUUUCGUACUGCAAGUGGAAGACAUCUCAAACAAAUUUUGCCACUAUCAUCACCAUUUCAAUUUGCACGUUAUUGAAAGCUAUACACUAAGUUCCUGUCAUUGUGAGUAAAGUCGUUUAUGAAAAGUGUGGAAGUGACUGUCAACACCUUAAUUCUAAAGAUUAUAAUACCUUCACAGUCAGCUCUUCCUACUACAGUUAUCUGUGAAAAACUUCAGGAUAACAGUCAGUAUCUUACUCCUUAAGAUAUUAUUACCCUAUUAGUUAGAUGUAAUUAUUAAAAAUGGUGUACCACCAAAAGACUUGAGGUUUUAAAAUGUUUGCAUUUAGCUAUUACAACUUUAAUGGAGUUAUUUCGGGUAGCCAACUAACAUUCAAAAGCCUUUACUUUUUGGUCCCAAUUGCAUGUAAAAAUAAUUUGGUUAUAGCCAUUUAAAGUUCACAUACCUAUUGUGCACACCAAUAUUUAAACAUUGCACUCAGAAUAUUGUCUGGUUUCCAGUUCCACCUUUUCUAGUUGGUAGAAUCACUGUAAGUCCAAACAAUAACUGUAGUAUAGAAAGUUUAGAAAACCAUCCUGUGUCCCAGUAGCUUAUAUGUGAUAUUAAAAUACAUUAAAAAAACUGUCUAGGGUACUAGGUACUGCCAACUACUGAUCUUAACUUCCUAGUCUUACAGCUGGUAUUUUAAUUUGUAGAGGUUGACAUUAGUCUGGUACUUGGAUUGCUAUACUAAGUCAUAAGUAUUUAUAAAACAAUAAUGAAUUUUUAAAUUCUUUUAUUGUUCUUAGAGUUCUCCGAUAAUGCAACCAUAGAGUAGUUAUAUAUAUAUGUAUUAUUUAUUUGAAUUAAGGAGGUACUUUUGUACAUAUUCUAAUUUGCUUUUUAUAUAUAUAUAUAUUAAAUAUACUGAGAAGCUUUCAUCAUAUAUGAGUACACUGAUGAAUACGGUGGAAAUUGUGAGUAGUACUUCACAAAAACAGUAAAGCUCACGUGUGUAAACACAUUUGUUUGUCUCUUUUAUUUUACGUUAAAAAAUAAAUAAAUUAUAUCUAGUACUUGAACCUUUA